CGUUAGGCUUAUGUGCGCAGUUGGAUAUACGGAGGACCAUUUUUUUGUGUUAUUAAUGUCUAACUUACGGGGUUUUGCGUUGUUUGCCGUGCCUGCUGCUGCAUUCACCAGCAUCUGAAACAGGGAGGGUCAUGAUGACCUUGGGAUGGUGGAGGCAUCGAUGUUACAGAGUGACCCCAGUGUGAUGAUGGACUUCGUAGGGGAGGAUGACGAAGCACUAUCCACGGCGUUCUCCAACACCUUCACCAACGCCUCCUCCACCACAACUCCCUCCUCAUCGCGGACUCCGGUGUCUUCAACAUCAUCCUUCUCCACGACGUCUUCCUAUUCCUCAUCACCUUCCUUCUCCUCGUCAACCUCUUCCGCCCCCUUCAACACCCAUGCCUCCAGCCAAGGGGACGGCAGAGGUGGGGGAGUGUUGGAGCUAACGGGCCACCAGAACCCACUUCCAUCGCCCUUACUGCUUACACACCACCAGCACCCUAUUCAUCCCUCGCAGCACCUCCAUACGCCACACCCCAUUCUGCACCAUAGCCAUCACCAGCACCAACGCAGCCAACCUCCACAGUCCAGCCAGCAACAGCACGUGCCACAAAAUUACUACCAUCAUGAACCAGUUCCUUUGUCCCCUGGGAGACCACAGGGUGGAGGCUAUUCCAUUGGAGGAGGCUUCACACCUUAUAUGUCUUCUUCGCAGCUUCCUCCGCCUCAUCCUACCUCUAUGCAUGAAGCUCACCACCAGUUCCUACCAUCCGUUAAAUCAGAGGCUUCUGGGGGAGAGUCCUAUAACCGUAGCCUGAAACCUGAACCUCAAGAUGACUUCCUAGAUCCAAUGGACUCUCACCUGGAGCCUUCACCCACCCCAGCGCCUUCUUCUGCCAUAUCAUAUAAUUCGCAUCCUUCCACCUCCAUUAUAGGGAGAGGGGUUGCAAUUCCUUAUUCUCACCAUGGCGCUCCUCCUACUGCUUCUCCAAGCACUAUGCCUGCUAUGGAGAGCAAUGGUGCGCCCUCGCCAGCAUCUCAGUAUAUGUAUCCCUCGCACCCCAACACUCCAUACCUCCUAGAACUGGCUCCUUUACCUUCACGGCAACAACAACAACAACAGCAACAACAACAACAACAACAACAGCAACAACAGCAGCAACAGCAACAACAGCAGCAGCAGCAGCAGCAGCAGCAGCAGCAGCAGCAGCAACACCAACAGCAACACCAACAGCAGCAGCAGCAGCAGCAGCAGCACCAACAGCAGCAGCAGCAUAGUCAGCAGCAAGGCCCACCAGUGACUCACACAAAUGGCGUUGCAGGCUAUGCUGGAAGCUUGUCUGAUGGAAGAUCUUUAGGCCUUGGAUACUAUGAACCCUCACAGUUAACUCAGGAAGAUGUGCGGCUAGUCUCUUCUCAGCCAACUCACAUGUUAUAUGUGCCAGCCAACCAGCAUAAUAUUAAAGGCAGGGGAAAGAUGAACCGGAAAAAAUCCUCUCCAUCACCAUUACUAGAUGGUGAAGACAAUUUAUUAGGGAAUAAGCAACUUGGAGAAGAAAACAAUGACUCUGAUGAAGAUAACCUUGUGAUUGAUACGAGCAGUGUCUCAGGGGAAGGGUUCGAGUGUGGAGAGUGUGGUUUAGUGUGUCGGACCAGAGGAGGACUCCGCAAGCACCUCACAACGGAGCACCUACCAGAUGAACCAGAGCCUGCGGAAACCAUCCCCAAGCAGUAUUCAUGCACGAUGCCCCUGUGUCACUUCAGCACCACAAAGAGGGAUGCAUAUGACCUCCAUAUAGCCAGCCACAUUGCUGAUGGCUGGACACCAACAGGAAAGAAGAGACACAACAAGAAUCCACUACAGAGACACAGGUACAACAAAGAGGAACUAACUUGUCCAUUGUGUGAAUAUACAUGCACAGUGGAAAAGUCCUUCAGGAGGCACUUGAAAUCCCAUGAAACUGGCAGAGGCCCUGUCUCAAAGGUCUCUUGCUGCAUCUGUGGUAAGGACAGAACAAGCGAGGCUGAACUGAAGAAGCACAUGAAGAAACAUCGGCAGGGGAAGUACUACCGCUGUGACAUAUGCAAAUUCCAAACUGUACAGUUAAAGAAGCUUAUCCAGCACCGGAGAAUGCACACGGGGGAGAAGCCUCACCUCUGUCCAUUCUGCCCAUAUCGUGCUGCUCGGCGAGACAACCUGCGGUCCCAUGUGAGACGCAUGCACAAGAGAGAAAACAUGUAUGGUGACACUUUCACGCCCAGGCCCCUCCUAUUGGCUGAGGCAGAUAUCCGAGAACACCUGCCAAACCAAGUAGACCACCAGCAGGUCCCUGGCACGCCUCUCCCAGGCCCAGCGCAGCCGCACCCUCCACCACAGGCUCCCUUAUAAUCCGUAUGGGGGAUAGCUCUAGAUUGAAGGGCAGAGCUAUUUAUCCUAAUUUUUAUGAGAGGCUCUCAAUACUGUAUCCUGUGUCUUAUUUAUUGUCAUGUUCUCUCUCAGUGUACCAAACCAGUGUGCCAUUAUGUGUUUUAAGGGUCACCUGGAUGAAUGAUGGCUUUGAUUAGGGUCAGUGGGUGAUCCACUCCCACAGGAAAAUGAACACAGGAUGAGGUCAUGAAGGUAUUCAAAUAUUUUUAUUGGUAGAGAGGCACUUCCCUUAUUAUUAAUAUGCAGUCAACUGUAUGAGGAAAAGAUUCUUUUGUCUCCCACUUUCAAAAAGUUAGACUUGUGUGAGUCUGAGAUAAGAUAGUGAUCUGGACGUUAGUUUGCUUGUGGACUAAAAAGAAAAAGCUUAAAAAAAGGUUUUAUUUGGUUUGAAUAUAUAGAGAAUAUUAUAUUGAGUUGAUAGUUAUCAAAAUUAUUAAAGAUAGUUUAUUUCUUUUAUUUUAUUUGAUAUUGGCUCCUAGAGUCCUUGGUACCGGUGGUUUUCGGUAAUUAAUAAUCAUUUGCCUUUGAAAAAGCUAAUGAAUAAUUAGAAAAUACGUUUGGAAAGUCAGCAUUCGUCUAUAACGGAUUGUUUCUCAAAAUUGUGUAAGGUGGUUUUCAUUGUUGUAUAAGCUUACUAAAAAUGAUGGUUUGGCUUUAGUGCAGAGCAUUUAUUUCCAAGAUUGAGCUGCUGGGGCAUUUUAGGUGAGUGUGUUUUCAGCAUUGUAGGUGUUACAAUGGUAGCAGAGAGAUAUGUUCAUAAGCAGUUCCUCUUGGUACAGUGCACAGACUUUGAUUAUUAAAUGUUUCAAAUUUCAGCCACACUUUUAGACUUUGUGUAUAUAUAGUGUGGAGUCAUGAUUCAUUUUGGAAGGAAACCUAAGGAAGAUUGGUUCUUGGUUAGUCACAUCAAAGUUAGAGAAGGAGAAAAGGAAAGUCAAGUGUCUCUCCGACCACUAUCCUCAUCCAUGAAAGUCUAUGGACAUUUGGUAGGGAAUUUGUUUAGUGUGUGGUUUAGUGUUUCUGAUGGGCUUGCUGCAGCAUGUGUAAGUGGUACUCUAAUAAAGGUGUUCCAGUAUUGGGUGUGUAAAAUGAGAAACUAGGUGCACAUAUAUGCAUUAAGUAUAUAAUGUGACUUGUACUGUAAGUGUAGACAAAUCACCUUAUGCAAACAUUAAUAAUGAGAGAGAAAAAAAAGAAUAAGAGUGCAAAUCUCAAAAAACAAGCUUUUUACUUCAAAUGUUAUAUAUAUUGUUAUGUAGAUUUGUUAUUAUUAUUAUUAUUUUUUCUUUUUUUGUCCACAUCGCAUUUUGAGAGGUGAAAGUAAAAAAAGUGCAAGAAAGAAACUCUGCCAUGAAAUUUGUUGGUGUGAAACUAGUAAGUCCAAAGCAGUAGUUCUCUGAUAUGGGGAAAAUGCACCUAAAAUGAUAGAAAGGUAUCAUCCUGUUUAGAACAAGAAGAACUUGACCAGGCGAUAAUAAGGAAAAGUAAAAAAUUACCUAAAAAAAAAAGUGUUGUGUAUAUAUAUCAUUAACAUAUUUCUUCUUCAUAUAUACAGUAAAUCUUAGCCAGAGAGAAAUUGGUCGUUUGCUAACAUGGAUUGUUAUCUUUUUGCUGCUCAAUAUGUAAGUGCAUGACCUUAAAAUAAGUACAUGUUUUAAAGAUAGGUACUCUGCUGUGUAAGGAAGGGUGCAGGAGGAAACAGGCUGUGGCCAAGUGAAUUGUUACCCACAUACCCUUGUGUAGAGGAUAUGCCCCUUUUUGCCUUUCAUUUUAUUUAUUUCAUUGUGUUUUGAUGAACAUUAUUUUCAAUGUUUGUGUGGCCCUCCUCAUUCCCCCUUUGGGAAACUGAGAGGGUUGCAAAGGAGCAAACUUCGGCUAAUCACGUCUUCAACUGCUGUGUCAGAAAUAUAAUAGAAGAAAGUUCUACAUUGUUCAUAGCUCUCCAGAGCUAUGCAAAAGGAAGGCUAUGUAUUAUUUUUGUAUUAUUAUUAUUUUAUUAUUAUGAUAUUAUUAUUAUGAUAUUAUUAUUAUUAU